AUGUACACAGCUGCAGUGGUGACUCUUCUGGCUCUGGUUAUGGCGAUGGCUGGCGUCAGUCAGGCUCUUCACAUCCAAGGCAGUCUGGACAAAAAUGACAUUAUGCCUGGCAGCUCAGAGGAGAACAUGGCUGACCGCCUGCUGGGGCUGGAGAGUGAAAACAGCGAUAACAGCAUGGAGGACCGUCUGCUGGCGUCAGUGCUGAGAGCUCUGCUGCUGGGAUCCCAGAGAGAAACCAGGAACUCAGUUCUCCAUCAGCCACAGAGGUUUGGCCGUGACUCCAGAGGACCAAUACUGUCGGAUGAACAGAUACAUUCUCGUGACUGGGAGGCUGCCCCUGGUCAGAUCUGGAGUAUGGCCGUACCCCAGAGAUUUGGCAAGAAAUAACAUGGCAGGCACAUCCACACAUCGCUGUCCUGGUACGAGGCCAAGCAGUGGUCGCAUGUGGAGAGACGAAAUUUGAAUGAAUAAAUCUGAAUUGUAUUUAAAAAAAAAAAAAAAAAAAGUCUAUGGUUCCUUCCAAUUCUGUGCCCAUUAGGCCUGGUGUGACACCUGGUGUUCAGUUAAAGACGACAAAAGCUUUAUUUUAUAGUUGUUUUUUCCUGAGUUCCAACACUGCAAAGCAUGUUAAAGGGUGCCAAUUAAGAAUUCCCCAGCAGGGAUCACUGAAACG